AUGGGACGCCGGCCCACGCCGCAGCCACUGCCUCUGGGCAGCACAAAGGCCAGCACGAGCGCAAACUCUAUCCGAAGCACACACAAUCGCGGCCACCGUCUUGGGGCAACUGGCGCAACCGCAGCAGCAGCCACCGGCUUCGGUUUGGGGGCAACGGCGCAAGCGACGAGGACUGGCACUGCCGCAUGCAUCGAGUCGACUGCUGAAACGGCCGUGCAAACCGCCAACGUAUCGCCCGUCCACCCAAGGCCACCCGCCUCGCCGCAGCCUUCGCUGCCACCGUCACUGCAGUCACAGCCGUCACAGCACUCCCUCCAGUCGGAGCUUUCUCAGUCACAAUCUCACUCUCGUUCCCAACCUUCUGUAUCCUUGACCAGUCGCUUUGCUGCCGCCAAACGACCGCAGACUUCUCAGGCUUCGCAGACUGGGAGGGGGCAUAUGCAGACUUCGGGCCACGAGACGAACCAGCCUCGUCGUCCACCCCAACUUCAGCUUCAGCACGAACAGUCACCUCCAUACCACGACCAGAUCUCGGGAUCGGCUUCCCCAGCCUUCCGUCAGGUCUCCUCCGACGCAGAGAAGCGGCCGUCGACCAAGAGUGGCUUUUUCCACUUCAAUAAGUCCUCCAAGAGUUCGAACCAACUCCCGCAAAACUCGCAGUUCUCUGAUUCGCAGGAAUACUUGGCUGCCAGAGGACCCGAAGAGCCACGUGCGCCAAAGUCUGAAAAUUUUCCAUAUACACAAGAAUACCUGCAGAAGCCUCCGCUACCAUCCCGAUCUGAGCUAUCACUGUCGUCCGCUGGAGACUGCGACGGCACAUCUGCCCAUUCGCCAGGCGGCAAGAGGAGUAAGACGAAGUCAUUUGGGUUGUUGAGCAGAACCAAAUCCCACAAGGACAAAGAUCGGAACAAUCCAAAGACCGCCCCAGUCCUUGUUCCUGCUGCUACAGGUCGAAACGAGCAUUGCGACAACGCUAUGCCUCUCCGGACCGCCCCCAUGGCACAAGACCGAGCAUUCAGAGAUAUGAUGAAUUCGAGUGCACGAAACCGAUCAGAGGACAGGGCCGCUCGCCAUGACUCGUCGCGAGACAAGGAGAAAGGUGCUCUUCCAUCAUCCCUCAAAGAGAAUGGUUCCGGAUUCUUUAGUGGGCUGCGGAGUUCUUCCACGAGGGCUGCUGACAUAAUUAGUAAAGGGCUCUUUGGCAAGAGCUCAAGAAGUGGAAGCACGACGGAACGGGAACACGCUGUAGACGAUGAACACUAUGUCCUCAAAGUUCUCAACCUCCCCCUAGUGGAACAGACUCGGAUAACGCGCAUUGCUAAGCGGCUAGAGACUUCGAAAGAUAAGACGGAGUUUUGGAUGCCGGCUUUCCCUUGGCGAGCCAUUGAUUAUUUAAAUCACAAGGGUAGCGAUGUCGAAGGUUUAUAUCGAGUUCCUGGAAGUGGCGCGCAAAUCAAGAAGUGGCAGAGAAAGUUUGACGAACGACAUGACGUUAAUUUGUUCAAGGACGAUGAGCUCUACGAUAUCAACAUCAUUGGCUCUAUGCUCAAAGCAUGGCUACGUGAACUUCCAGACGAAUUGUUCCCCAAAGCGGCGCAGGACCGGAUCGCUCGCGAGUGCGCGGGGGCAACCCAAGUGCCACAGUUACUCAUUGAAGAAUUGUCCAACUUGUCACCCUUUAACUAUUACCUCCUCUUUGCCAUCACCUGUCACCUGAGUCUUCUCUUAUCUCGUUCCGAUAAGAACAAGAUGGACUUCAGGAAUCUGUGCAUCUGUUUCCAACCAUGCAUGAAGAUUGAUGCCUUUUGCUUCAAGUUUCUGGUCUGUGAUUGGAGAAAAUGCUGGAUAGGUUGCAAGAAUGAAGCAAAGUACAUCGAAGAAGAAUACAGACUUUUCGACCAACCUCCGCCUAGAGGCAUAACCAUACCCAAUGGCCCUUCACAUACAGACGAACCCAACGAUCGUCAGCUGUCGUCAACUGAUAGUAACAAACCUUCCGACUUUGACAACAGCAAUAGGGCUCUUCAACGUCAAUUCUCUGGCUCCAAUGCGAGUAUUGGAUCCAGAACCUCAACAAUCUCAACCAAUGUUACCACUAAUAGUGAGCGUGAACCGCAAGAAACGACAAGGCAGCUUCGCCCGUUAUCACCCAUCAAACCACUGUCUCCUAUCGGCUUUUAG